AUGUCCGACGCGGAGAGCCUCUGCGGCGGCGACGACCGGCUGUUCCUCUUCCUGCGGACGACGCUCGCGGCGAUCUGGCUCGCGUGCGUGGGCCUGCUCUGGCGCGCGGCGCUGACGGAGCCGGGCGUCCUCCCCCGCAACCCGCCGGACGCGAAGCCGUCGCUGCCGCCGGGCUGCGAGGACGGGCCCGACCUGAAGAUCUGCCACACGUGCAAUUUGGUGCGGCCCGCGCGGUCGAAGCACUGCGGCUCCUGCAACAACUGCGUCGAGCUCUUCGACCACCACUGCCCCUGGCUCGGGACCUGCGUCGCGAAGCGCAACUACGCCUACUUCUCCCUCUUCCUCAAGGCCGAGGUGCUCCUGAUAGCCUUCGUCGCCGGCGUCACCGCGCUCCGCUUCGCCGGCGCCUACGGCCGCGCGGCGCGCGCGCCGGGCGGCGACGGCGCGGCGCCCCGCGACGUCCUCGGCGCGCUCGUCCAGGACGCGACCUGGCCCCUGGGGGCCGCGGCCGUCGCGCUCGGCCUCGCGUUCCCGGUCGUGAGCCUCCUCGCGUUCCACCUCCGCCUCGCGGCCAUCGCGCAGACGACGAACGAGUCCGUCCGCGGCGUCUACCGCACGGCGCUCAACGUCAACGACCUCGGCUGCCGGCGCAACUGCGCGUCCGCCGCGCGGAGCGUCUACUGCGACAAGACGCCGCCGUCGAGGCUCGCCGCGCUCUUCCCCCGCGACGCCCGGGGCGCGCGCGACGCGGCCGGCGGCGGCUACGGCGCCGUCUGCCCCGUCGCCACGACGCCCUGA